AUGAGUAUCGCCGGUCAUUCCUACGGUCAAUUGGUGCGCCUCCGCGCUCUCACUCCAACACAACUACCGACUCAUCCGGACCUGGCAGCAUUGCAAGGAACUGCAACAUCACCAGACCUCGAGACUUUCAUCACCAGAAUUCUUGACGAGGCCUCGACUUUCAUAACAGAAUACGUACCUCAGAAGUUUGCAAUCAAGGAGCGAUCCAAGACUUCUCCACCCGCAAAGGCUACCGUCCAAUUGUUGGCUCACGAGAUUCCUGCUUCGAAACUUGGUCCUGGUUCGCAUGAUGAGGCAUGGUUUGCACGUACAAGUCUCCAUGAGAACAAAAAGGAGCAAGGCACUGCCAAUUGGGAUGAAUUUGAAGCUGGUCUGCUCGAUGACCACAGUCUGCAUGAAUCACAGUACACUCCGGAUGUCUUUGACGCACACAAGGUUCUGUCUUGGGACUCAAAGUUGGCCGAGAAGCAGGCUAAAGUUGGUAAUUGGGAGAAGGUUGGUAUGAGUAUCUUUGAGAUGUGUCAUCACAUCCCACCUCCUCUGGACAACCGCACUUUCCCAGUACUCGUUGUCACAGCUCGUUCGAUUGGUCCUGACCAUCCCUCUUUUCUGGUCGUGCAGAUUCCGGUUGACAUCACGAAACUGGACAAGGCUGUCUACUCCACUCACAAGAACAAGCAGGAAGGCGAUACUGCUGAAAAGAGGAAGCCAGUCACUCUGGGACAGUAUGUCAGCAUUGAACGCUGUGCCAUGGUGGAGAACUUUAAUGUCAAGUGGCAGAUGGCCACAGCUUCUGACGCAAAAGGCAAUCUGCCUAUGUGGGCACAGAAAAUGGGCAUUCCUUCUGCUGUCAUCAAGGACGUCGGUCUGUUCAUUGAUUGGAAUGCCAAGAAGAGGUGA